CCGCCCGAGCGCUCGGUGUCGAUUGGGGUCGAUCUGCCCCGGGGUUUAGUUUGUGACUAUGGAUUCUUGUCCUUUUCAGUUUUUUUGUUUUGGAUUUCGUUUUUUAUCCAGACAUUUUGUCAAGUCCACCGUGCCUCCGCCGCCACCUUCGUGACACCAGGAAGCGACGAUGCGGCCGAGUGAGGCUCCACCCGCCGAGCUCCCAAAAGAGCGGACGCGGUGCGUCUCCGCCCACCUUCAGAGCAGUCGCGCGCAGGUGACGCCGAGCCGAGGACACUCGCAGAGAGGAGAAGACGCGGCACAUCUGCCGCGCUGACGACGACUCCCGAGACCAACGUCGAGACCUCUGAGGCGGCGGCCAUGGCGUCGACGGGCACGCAGCUGCUGGGGAGCGGACUGUGCCUGCUGGGCUGGGCGGGCGUGAUCGUCAGCUGCCUGCUGCCCAUGUGGCGAGUGACGGCGUUCGUGGGGAGCACCAUCGUCACCUCGCAGACCGUCUGGGAAGGCAUCUGGAUGAGCUGCGUGGUCCAGAGCACGGGCCAGAUCCAGUGCAAGCCCUACGACUCCAUGUUGGCGCUGAGCGCCGACCUGCAGGCGGCCCGCGCCCUCACCGUCCUGGCGGCGGCCACCGGCGCCGCCGGCCUGCUUCUGGCUUUCGUCGGGGGCAAGUGCACCCGCUUCCUGGACCGGGAGGGGUCCGGGUCCAAAGGCAGGGUGGCGGUGGCGGCGGGGGCGGUCCUGCUACUGGCGGGGGUGCUGUGUCUGAUUCCCACCGCGUGGGUGGCCGGCGCCGUGGUCCGGACGUUCUACGGCGCGGCCGUCGACGCUCAGAGGCGCGAGAUGGGCGCCUGCCUCUACAUCGGCUGGGGGGCGUCCGUCCUGCUCAUCCUGGGAGGCGGGCUCUUCAUCAGCGCCGCCUGCCCGCUGGAAGCGCGCGGCGCCGACAAGAGCCCGUCCCUUCGCUACCUCAUGGUCCGGUCGUCCGCCGGCUCCCUCCGCAGGGUUCCGGCCGCGAGGCCCGCCGGGACGGUUUUCAGCGGCCCUCCCGCCUACCGGCCGGCGUCCUCCGAGUCCGAGCCGAGCGGCGAGGCCGCCUGGGGGCGCGUCGGACACAACUCCCAAAGGCUAAAGCGAAUCGACUCGACGCCCUCGGAGAAAAGUGACGCGCCGUCUGCCGAGUCGCAGCUGAAGCCAGACGAGCGGGACCGCGCCAAGACUUUGGACUCCGAUGGCAGCCGACGUUCAGAGUCGUCCUCUAACCCUUCAAAGACCUACCUCUGACCCGGACCUGACGCACCACAGAUCUGGACUGGCGGAUCAAAGUCCAGUUUUUGUUGCCCUCGACUAACUCUGACCCGUGUACGCCAAAAAAGACCGAGAGCGGGACUUCCAAGUCCUACCUCCGAUGUGGACUUGCGAAAUCAAGGCCAUAUGAUACAUCGCUGAUCUCUUUGACAUGAACCGACUCCAUUUGACAGCUCAAAAUCCGGCCAUGAACCCGAACUCAUUCUCAUCCGCAGACUUCAAAGACCUAAACUGACCGUUUCAGACCAGGCUCUACCUUUUGACCUGGACUGACUCGCCGGGUAUUUUCCAAAGACCCAGACUAACGCUGCCCCUUUGAUGAGCAGCGAGAGUUUUCCAAGUCUUCGUCGUACCUUUGAUCCGCCUUGACUUCUUCCCCGGACACUUCAAAGAACUCGACGAACCUCGUCCUCGGCUCGGAGGGGCAACGGGAAGCGGGCCUCGAGAUUCUCUUUCGGGGCGAGCGAGGUUGGAUCGGGUCGGUCGUGAGCUCACCGGAGGAAUCGCCGAGGUUUCCUGAGCUCUUUUUAGGAGAGGCCCAUUUUCAGUGCUUUGGACGGGUCCAGAGGAGGUGGCGUGACGCUAGCGCUAAAAGGGCGAUGGGGGCGCUGGGUAAGACGGUCGGAGGACGACCGAAGCGAGACCUGACGGAUACGGUGACCCCCGAGCGGGUUAAGCCCAAAGGAACCAGAGCAGAAAAUGAAGAGACGGCAAAGACCUUUUUGGCCUGCACAAAGUCUCGACGGAACCCAAAUUGUUCUCUCUGAGUCGACCCGCCUCGAGUGGAUGUGUUCUUUGACACCAACGUGUCUUUGCCGUUUUCUGUGACAGGAAGCGACACGUGACCUCCCCUCUGGCAUCAUCUGCGUUUCGGUCCUGCUUGGCUCGGCGGGACUUGAUUUCAAAAUGUGACAUUUUCAACCCGGAACCUCUGAAGGCAAAAUGACCAGACUUGUCCUUGCGACUGAGGAAGACACAUCAACGCGCACUCGUGGAAAAUAUCGGCAGUAAAACUUGCGGUGGCGGUUGAACCGCGACGCCUUUGAGUUGUUUCUUUUUGGAGCGCGCCUAUUUUGACUGAAGGCCAGUCAAUACUCUGCGCGAAGGCGGCAGUUUCGCCUGCGGCCGGUCAAACCGGUUUGACAGAAAGUCUUUGCGGCUGCCAAAAGCGUUUCUCUUGCUUUCGCCACGCCCGUAUCAUCGCUCAUUGCGUCAUCGCGACGCUUGGCCUCUCGCUCUUCCGUGCGCGCACACGCUGAAAUAAUGUGUUCGGGAAAUCACGGUCGACGAGCCCCUCGGGUGAGGCUCUUUUGCGGGUUUCAAAGGUCAGUUCUUCGCAGUGGCGUUCCGUCAGGGCCAGCAAGGCCUUCUCUGCUGGCCUAAACAUUCUCAGAAAAGUACAUUUAUUACAUUUAAUACAUUUACUUUUCUGAGAAUAACACAUUUCAUUUGUUAUUUUAGAUUCCUUUUUUAUGUCAACAAAAUUAUUCUCUGUAUUCUUUACGUCAUAUUAUUUCCACUUGUAACUUAAAUAAAGUAAUCAAAUAAAUAACUGAUUUCUCACGGUAGAGUUUUUAACCAAUCCUAUUUCAGUUAGCUUGUGUUGUCAGGUCAACUAAACUUGCUCGAGGCCUUCAGAUGAAACGGAGCAGGCCCCUCCCUGUGCGCUGUCAUUGAACGUCCACGGUCAGCUCACAAUAGCCAAUCAGAUCACGAGUCUGCCCCGGCCUUACGUCGACGCCGGACGUGCGCGUUCGGUGAUUGGAUGAGCGCCUGCUGUUGCCGCAUUUCCACCCAAAAUGGCCGAAGAUCUCCACGGGACUACUUUCCACACCAUUUUCAAGACGGACCUUGCACCGGCUUUCCCAAUUGAAGUUGUUUUAGCAAGGCAGCAAGGAAACAUCAGAGCACGGCCGGCCACUUACAAGCUACGUAUGGUGCGUUUCAAAACGUUUGGGGACACUCGCGUAGAUCUGCUGCUCAAUGAACAGGCACUACAUUGGUGAGUCAAUGAAUUCCAUUUUGCAUUGCUUAUUUUAUUUCGUUGGUAUUAACGGUCACGAAAUAAAAUGACAAAGAUGCGAGAAUGUAUCAAAUAGAUCGGCCCGCCUGCAAUUUCCUACCGUUCCUACCGACUGCUGUCAGGCUGAUGAAUAAAAAAUAACAAUCAUAAUAAUAAUAAUAAUAAUUAAAUGAUGCGAAGGAAAAUUGUAAAUAGUACUGCGAUUUAUCCAUUUUGUGUUCAUAUUGCAUUUAAUUGAAAGAUGUUUGUUGUUUUUUUUCUCUUUCUUCUUUCUACAUACUGUCUUGCUGCUGGAGGCUGUAAAUUUCCCCAGUGUGGGACGAAUAAAGGAUACCUUAUCUUAUCUUAUUUCUAAUGGCACAUUGUAGUCAGCUUCGUGCACUAAAAUUCGUUCCAUCUCAGCUGCUCAACAUUUUGAGUUAUUUGCCGUUGUAUAGCCAAAUCUCAAAAUGCAAAUGAUCUGUUCAUUUUAUUUUCAAAGAAUAGUUUUGUUAUUGUUGCGCGACAUUGCGCAAUGUAUUGGACAGACUUGUUUAUGAUCACACGGCGUCCUUUGGGUGGCAUUUUAUUGAGUACUUUUUAAAUCUUUUGAUUUUGGACAAUAUCCGUCAAUUGAGUUUCUUGCUCUUAAUUGCAAAUGCAUACUUGAUGGGUUGAAAUGCUCCUGAAAUGAUGUGCUGCCCGUAUUGUGUUCAUGUAUGUGACGUCACUGAAGGCCUACGGUUGAAACGCGAGGCCCGCCGCUGGUUUUUCGUCUUUUGUUCAAUGUCAUGUUUUCCGGGAUUUGGGAGUGGACAAUGUCUGACCAUCGUUACGCAGACGGGGCUUCAUUCGUGAUGCUUCAAACAACCUGUGUGAUGAAAUAAAAGUUGCAACCUUUUA